AUGGGCAAGAUUUACGAAUUAAAUAAGAUGAAAAAUAUGAAACUCGAACGACUUCCUGGUGAUCAAAUAAUUGUUCAUAUUCAUAUCGACGGAGGGAAAAAGGUGAAACUAAGGCUAUCUGGAAAGAGUGCUGCAGCAUGGGCGGCUAAACUCAUAAACAUUCAAGGAGAAUCAUUGGGUCAUCAUACUCAUCCAAAUGUUGAUUACUCGCAAUUUAUGAAGAAAAAACCUGUUGCGCAAACAAUAGAAAGGAAUUCACCGCAUCCAUUAGCAAGAAAUGUUGAAGAAGAUGCUUUACUAUGCGGCGACUUUCCAAGCAUUAUAGACUCGGCUAAGUUUGACGUUACUGAACGUGCGAGGGGUGGAAAAGUGCAAGAGGAUUUUUCGGAAAUGAUCCACACCAUUAUGACAACUUCUUCGCACACAUCCUCUAAUAGAAGAUUUAUACGGCAGCAGGUGGAUGAGCUUAUCAGGAAGCACAUGCAAGAGGAGGAGAAAAGAAAAGAAGUCGAGUUAUUUAGCGCUGCCAAGAAGAACGUGGAAUCCAAUGAUUCUCUAAUGUAA